AUGACCAUGAAAUCAUUUGUUCCUUUUACCCCCAGGCUGGGCAAUCUGCAUGACCUGGAGGUGGGCCCUCCACCCCCAGUGAUGAAGACCUUCAAGGAGUUCCUGCUGUCCCUGGAUGAUUCUGUGGAUGAGACGGAGUCAGUGAAACGCUACAACGAGUACAAGAUUGAGUUUCGGCGCCAGCAGAUGCAGGACUUCUUCCUGGCUCACAAGGACGAGGAAUGGUUCCGCUCAAAGUAUCACCCAGAUGAAGCUGGGAAACGGAAGCAAGAGGCUGACUAUGGCCUACGCACACGCCUCAGUGUGUACUGUUACCUGAUGGAGCACAGCUGGUUCGAGGGCCUUUCACUCGACAUCGAUAAAGCCAAUAUCAUCAUGAAAGCUUUAGAUGCUGCUGUCAUAAAGAUGGAAGGUGGGACAGAAAAUGACGUGAAAAUUCUGGAGCUGGAGGAUGAAGAGGAAAAGGCAGAAAAAUUGGAACCUGGGAAGAAGGAAGAAGGGCGGCUCAUGGAUAAUGACAAGAAGAUGAUCGAGAAGGAAGAUGACAGCAAAAAGGCAGAAAACACUCAGCCAGCUGAGGAAGAGAAGAAGGACAAAGAAGACAGUAAAUUGAAAGAGUCACCGGGAGAAGAGGAGGAACAGAAGGGAGAAGGGGAUGAGAAGGAUGACACUGACCAGCCUCAGCCGGCCAAAGAAAGCCCAGUCCCUGUGAAAGCGGUGAAGAAGCGAAAGAGGAAACGCAGCGGCGAUGACAGUUACGACGAGGACGAUGCCACGGCGUCUGACUCGGAAUCGGAAUGUGACGUGGCCCUGACAGCUGGGGAAAGGACUGAGGAAGAUGGUUCAGGCAAACUGAAAGGAGAGGGUGAGAAGAGCCAGAAAGAAGAGGAGCCAAAGCCUGAGAACAAGGAAGAGGAGAAACAGAAAGAAAAACCCAAGGAGGAAAAGAAAGAGAUUGAGAUCACCCCGAAACCUCGGCCGCUUCACAAAACCUGCUCACUCUUCAUGAGGAGCAUAGCUCCAAAUAUCUCCAAGGCUGAAAUCAUUUCGCUCUGUAAAAGGUUUCCUGGCUUCAUGAGAGUGGCAUUAUCUGACCCACAGCCAGAGCGCAGAUUUUAUCGGAGAGCUUGGGUUACCUUCGAUCGCAGUGUCAACAUCAAAGAAAUUUGUUGGAAUCUCCAGAACAUUCGACUACGAGACUGUGAGCUGAGCCCGGUGGUGAAUCGGGACCUGGCCCGACGUGUCCGCAGCAUUAAUGGUAUCACGCAGCACAAGCAGAUAGUCCGCAACGACAUCAAACUCGCAGCUAAACUCAUCCACUCGCUGGAUGACCGCUCGCAACUGUGGUCCUCCGAGACGGUCACUGAGGAAGGCCGGGUUGAGAACCUGUCCUCUCAGAACCCCAUCUUAAAGAACAUCACUGAUUACUUGAUUGAGGAGGUGAGUGCUGAGGAAGAAGAGCUGAUGGGCAAUGCCACGGACGCGCCAGACGACGGUCCGAAGGAGGGGAACCCAGAGGUCAACAUCGAGAGGGAUGAGAAGCUCAUAAAGGUUCUGGACAAACUCUUGCUUUAUCUUCGCAUUGUGCAUUCCAUCGACUACUACAACACCUGUGAAUACCCCAAUGAGGACGAGAUGCCGAACCGCUGUGGGAUCGUGCACGUCCGUGGACCUCUCCCUCCCAACCGCGUCUCGCAGCAUGAAGUUGCGGAGUGGCAGAAACUGUUUGAGGAGAAGUUGACACCGUUGUUCAGUGUGAGGGAGUGCCUUUCUGAAGAAGAUGCAGCAAAGAUGGGAAAGAAGGACCCUGAGCAGGAAUUGGAGAAGUUUAUCCUGGCCAAUACACAAGAGCUGGCCAAGGACAAGUGGCUGUGUCCUCUGAGUGGGAAGAAGUUCAAGGGACCAGAGUUUGUUCGUAAACACAUUUUCAACAAGCACAGCGAAAAGAUUGAAGAGGUUAAAAAGGAGGUCUCGUUUUUCAACCACUUCCUCAUGGACGCAAAGAGACCGGCUCUGCCAGAGAUUAAAUCCAAUCAGGCACCAGCACCGGGAGCCCAGCCGCUCGGUUUGAACCCCGCUAUGGGUUAUCCUCACCAUUCUCCCCAAGGUUUGAUUGGGUUCGGUCAGCCCCGUCCCCCUGUGAUGGGAUUUGCAGCCGGACCAGCCUACCCACCACCUCAAUAUGGUGGUCGUGGAGCCUAUGAAGCAUAUCGAGGGCAGGGAGGCUACCCAGGGAAGCCCAGGAACAGGAUGCUGAGAGGAGAUCCCAGAAACAUUGUAGAAUACAGAGACCUGGAUGCUCCAGAGGAUGUGGACUUUUUUUAAGUGCUCCUGAUCAGGCAAUCCAUUAACGAGACCAUUUAUUAUUUUGUUCUUUUGUUAAAUUAAGGAAUUUUUCAUAACGUCGUCGGUAUUUUACCCAGGCAGAUAGUAUGUUGUAAUGUAGAGUUUUCUGUUUACCCCGGAAACGCUAACCCGUACCCAGAAACAGUGAUGUAAUGUGUUCUUCCGGAGCGUCUGAAAUAAAAGGAAGUAUCACGGGUUACACAA